AUGCUACGAGGAGCUCUCUCCUCGUUCUUGGGAUUGUCCCAGUGGCUGGGCAGCUGGUUGCUUAGGAUCCUCGCCUCCUUAUUGCUGCGUAGCUUGGCAAACAAAGAAGAUGAAGGGCUGAGGAAAUCGAAAGAGAUUUGGGUGAAGUAUGCUCAAGGUAGGCGCCAGGCUGACUGGCGCGUAGCAAGGAAGGAGCCGCUGGUGGCCGGAAUAGGUUUGGGAAAUCGAUUCCCGACCCAAAACUUUGUGAUCCACACAAAGGGGCUAAAUAAACGAAAGAGGGUUCAGCAGAGGGAAGAUGAAUAUCCAUCGCCUAGCUAUCCCUUAGUCAACCGCAGGCCUGCAAAAAGAUGCAGGUUGAGUCGUAUCAGAGGGUGGAGAUUUUGGCUCCCCUCAUCGUCGGAUUUGGUAGGCGAUGAUGAUCCGCUGUUAUCCAAGCCGAUUUUUUCUAUUAAUUCAUGUACUGUCCUGAAUAGGGAUUCUGCUGACCCGAUCGGCCCUGAGUCGGCAAGUGAGGGGUGGGUCGCCCGGCAGGGUACGCAGCCGGUGAAUGAGAUCGCCGGCGUGAUUGUGCGGCCGCCGCCGGAGCAAUCCAUUGGACAGACCCGUGUGCCGUUGGAAAACCGACUGCCCACGGUUGGAGCGAAAUCUAUCCCUGAUUUUGCGGGAUUGUUGAGGGAGUAUAGUUAUGAUCGAUUUCACCGGAUACACAAGGAAAAAAUCCUCACGUGCCCUACCAGGGGGGGAGUCCGUGUCCAAGUCGAAAUCCUACUCGUACUAAACUCCCUUCUUCGCGAGAUAUACUGGAACGGGGUAAAGGAGUUGUAUUUAACUCCUUAUUGA